UAUCGAUCCCCUUGUGUGUUUGUGACCGUUUGUGCAUAGAGCAAAGUUUUUGGCAGUAGUUGAGAAACAGUUAAGCAGUGUGGAAUCCAAAAAUACUAUUGUUUUACUGAAGUGUGAAUGUAAACUCUGCUCACGUUUGGAAAAUAGUAGUGUGUAGGUUUUUCCCCCCAUGGACUGCUGAAUGCUAAUGAGCAUUUUUCCCAAGGAUGAAGUUGACGCUGAGAUGAAGGGAUUGUAAUCCUACCGCAGCAGCAACGAUGAUGAAUCAACUACGUACAAGCUCAGCACCCAUGGUGACUAAAGAGUUGAUUUCUGCUCCAUGCUACAAUACGUCAAGGGAAGAAGAAGUGCUUGACAUGCUUCAUUAUGUCCAUGCUUUCUUCGCAUCGAUGAGUAUUCUUGGAUCUCUAUCGAUAAUCAUCUACGCACUGUGUAGGAAAGUCAUCAAAACAUCAGAUAUUCGGCCAUUGUUCCACCUCGCUGUUGCUGAUUUAUGUCUUGCAAUCUGCUGGCUCAUUGGGGCCAUUCUCUGGAAUAUUCCAUUUGAAGGAGCCGGCUCACAAGGCUUCAAAAUCUGCACAGUACUCCAGGCAGUCACAGAGAUGUUCAAUGUCAUCAGUUUCUUCCUGACCAUCAACUAUGCACUCAACGUGUACCUGAGGUUAAAGGAUAGACUGAAUAGAGUACAGAAGCUAACCCUGUUACAUACGAUGACUCCAAUGGUGUGGAUCAUGCGGCUAUUUUACGUUAUUUCAUGGUUGAUGCCAAUUGCUGUGAUGACUCCAGUGGUGGUAGUUUAUAAUCAUCUCAAAUCACAAGACCCUUGUACUGAAUGCUUAGUGCUGUUCUUCAAGCCAUCAGUCAGAGGGGAAGGUGGUUCAUUUGAAUCGUGGUCAUGGGAACAUUAUGGUGCCAUCUUCUUUGUGUCCUCAUUAAUAAUCAGCAUGGUUGCUAUUGUGACGUUUUAUGCUUUAUCAGCCAGAGUGUACAGAAAGCUCACAAAGAAAAAUGUUUGGACAAACAAGCAGCGGCGAGCCUUAAUAGAUCUCUGCAAACGCAUCUCCCUCUAUAUUUCUGUCUUUCUAAUCUGCUGGACUCCAGCUUUAGCUCUAAAUAUUAUGGACCUCCUAAAGAGAGAUGAAGUGUCGGUGGUAGAAUAUGACUGGCUUUAUGUCCUUCAGGGAGUCACAGCACCGAGUCAAGGCUUUCUGAACUGCAUGGUCUACGGCUGGACUCGAACCAGCUUCAGGAUGGCCAAGUCCCCUCAAGACAUGAAGCCAAUUCUGAAGCAGAGGUAUCGUGUUUACGGCACUUCUAAAUUCCCGUCUGCAGCAAUAACCCCCAUCAGUCGUCAGUCAGCGGCUUCUGAUUUCUCCGAGGACUCAUCAAUACCCAGCGCUCCUCCUACCCUGAUUGAAGUGAGGAGUAGUUCAGCUUGAUCUAUGACCUUUGACCCAGGGGCCCUAUGCAUCGUAUACUACUAGUUCUGGAUCUGCAGCCGCUUUCACGAAAUGCUAGGAUUUGGGUUCAAUGCGUCCUAUAGUCUAUGGAUAUGGGACAUGACUCGUCCUAAGUCCUAAGAUUAAUCCUUAGUUGGGAAGAAUUUGGCGAAAUAUACGGCUGGAUAAAUUAUCAACGCUCUAAUAAUAAUUACACCAAAUGAGAAGAGAAGAUGAUGAAGAAAUUAGUUUUAGAUGUGGAAGCUCUUAAUCGUCAUAUAGGGGAGGAUAGUUCAGAAAUGUAUCAAUAGCUUGCCAUUAAAAGAUUAAUUUGUGCCAAUUUUUUGCCAGGUACAGACAGUUCGAACAUUUGUUUUUGACAAAAUUGACAACAUUUCACAUCCUUAGUGAAAACCCAGUCACUGUGGUUAUGAUUUUCUAAGUAUUGUACAUAUGAUUUUGUAAAUGACAGUAUUUUAAAUACAUACAUUUGUAAAUACUUCACAGACAUCCCUCUUUUCUCAGCUUUAUUUUCAGCCGUUUUUUUUUUUUUACUACUUAAGUUAAAGACCGAAAACACUGCAAGUCGUGUUUUUUGCUGGAUUUAUUUAAAAUGUUUUUCAAUUAAUAAGGAAAUGAGUUCACAUGAGUAUAAAUAGAUUUGGUUGUGUAAAACUAAGCAUUUUGAAUACCCUAAUAUCCAGGGCUAUUCAGAAAGAUUAGCCAAAAGCUCUGUUACGUCAUCACUCAUGUUACGCCAUACGUGGGAGCUCCAACGUGUAUAGACACUUUGUUGCAGCAAGGAGGUAUAUCAAAGGAAACUCCCACUCAUGACUCUCAAAGUAUUGUCAUUUUGACGCCUGCCGUCAACGGCAGAAGUGUCUCUAGGUUUUCAAAACCUUGAGGUUGGUGCCUCAUUUUUUGAUCAACAAUUACGAAAAAUUAAGAUGUGUACAAAUAUCAAUGUUACUUUAAUGGUAAACAAAUAUGUUAUAAAAAGAACAAGUUUAAACACCAAUCCCUGUUAAAUCCGGAUUGGAUACUUCAUGAAGGCAAUGUAUGUAAUUGUAUCUACUUGUAUUUUGCAAUAGAACAUGGCUGAUGAUAAACUUAUUCUGUCUAUGUCUAUUCAAACAUUUUUGGGGACGGAUCUAUUUCUAUAGUUGUUCCCAAACUAUGGAACUGUAAUGUAAAUUGGUGGACAUUGUGUUUUGUGUCCUACAAGAAGUACCCAGACCCUUUAAAGGCACUGAACACUAUUGGUAAUUGUCAAA